AUUAAAAAAAAAAGUGUCAUGUGGAGAAUGAAGAUAUCAUGGAAAAGCAAGCAGAAAAGCGGCAGUAAACGACCUAUCCCUCUAGUAUCCCCAAAUCUCCCCUUCGAGUCAGCAGAAGAAGAAGACGACAAUUGCAACAAUAACAAUAAAACCAGCAAUGUAAUUGAAGCAUCAAAUACAACAAUCGAAGAACAGAAUAAGAAAAAGAAGCUUGAUCAUACUGAAACUGACAAUCAGAAAACCCUAAUUUCUUCUGUUGCUGUUCCUGAAGACUUACAUCUCUCUCAGACCUUUCAGUCUCAAGGCAAUAAGCUUGCUGAGGAUGGGAGAUACAGGGAGGCAUUAACAAAGUGGGAGGCUGCACUUACACUGACUCCUGAUAUAGCUGUUUUACAUGAACAAAAGGCACAAAUUCUUCUUGAGAUUGGAGAAACUUGGAAUGCGUUAAAGGCAGCCACUCGGGCAACUGAAUUGGAACCCUCAUGGUCCGAGGCUUGGGUAACACUUGCAAGAACACAGUUAAACUUUGGGGAGCCAGAUGCAUCAAUUGAAAGCCUCGACAAGGCAUUAUCGAUCCAGCCUGAUUCUAAGGAGGCACAAGAUGACAGAGAAACUGCAUUGCAUCUAGUAAAGAAGAGAAAACAGCUGCAUGAAUCUGGCCUGAACGAAACUGACAUUCGUUACACGGUUGGAGAUAGGUCGAGAACCUCAUAAAGUUCCUAAAUAGCAGAGUAAAGAGAAAAGGAAUGAUAGGUUAGUAAGUGAGCGCUCUGUAGUAAUAUGUUGGAUAUGUUUAAAAGUUAAGACACGUGUACAUAUGUUGGAUGAAGGUACUUUAAAAUAAAGUCAGAGAAUGAGAAUCAAAAUCAAAAUACCAUGUAAAGUUGGGAUAUGUUUUUCCAUCCAAGUAAACCUUUUAACUGGUUCCA